CGCCUGGAUUUCCGUCUACACACGUCUAUUUCAACCCAUCACCUGGCCUCUUUCUGAUGGACUAAAUUUAUCCCUUCUCUCGGGUCUCCUCAAGAUACACCUGCCACGGGAGAUUUUCAACUUCUCAAGAUGCGACAUGUAUCUAAUUUGGGGGCAAAUGCCUUCUUUUUGGCGGCAUUCACGCUUCUUCUACCGUUCCAGGUCUUUUUCGGCAUUCGAUAUCGGACUUGGGGGUUUCUUGUUGGUAUGGUCUGCGGUCUGAUACUCGAGAUUCUCGGUUAUACCGCCCGAGUAGCGCUAAGUAAAGACGUGGAUCUGUUCUUGAUGUACCUUGUCACCCUGACCAUCGGUCCCGCUUUCUUCAGCGCCGCAGUCUACCUCUGCCUCGCUCGUAUCAUCGCUGUUUACGGGCAUCACCUCGCCCUCUUUAGACCCUUGGUAUAUACGGCCGUCUUCAUACUGCUCGACUUCUUUGCGUUGUUGCUGCAAUCAGGCGGCGGUGCCCUCGUCGGAGGGGAUGACCCUUCUAUGUGGGAUACUGGCCUCUCUCUCCUUCAAGCCGGACUAUCCAUCCAUCUCGUGGGCAUUGUUAUUUACGCCGUUCUCUGCGGCGACUUUGCUCUAAGGGUCUUUCGAGCUCGCGGCAAGUGGCGAGGCGACUUUGCUAAACUACAAUUCUCCACACGAUUUAAAUCCUUCUGCUACGCACUGGGAGCUGCGACACUUGCUAUACUCAUCCGAACCGCCUUUAGAGUUGGGGAAUUGGGUCAAGGUUUUGACAGCAAAAUUGCGAAGAGCGAGCCGGCCUUCUUGGUACUCGAUGGAACAAUGAUCCUUGCAGCAUGCAUAUGCCUCACGGUGUAUCACCCGGGGCCUUGUUUCCAGGGCCGUUGGCCGGAGGCCGAUUUCAGCUUGAAGGUCGACCGAGGAAGGGGAAAGAAUCCAAAGUCUUGCCAUAGGGAACAAAUUUUGGCUGGUGUACAUGUCAAACUUGCAUCUUUGAUCACCUACGAGAAGCUAGAGCGCCGUUCGAGUACGGGCUACUCGUAA